AUGCACAAAUCCUGUGUCCCCGUGUGCUCCCCGGGGCCGAAUAAGGAACGCAUGGGGCGACGGCGGUUGCGAGGCCGGGGGAGCGGCCCUCCUCCUCGCCGUCGUGGGAGCCGCGCCGUCCCGUUCCACGUCCCGCCCGCCGGGGUGGGGAGUCCGGAGCCUGCGGGGGGCGACGAUGCCGCGGCUCGGUCUUCCCCCGCUCGAGCCGGCCGCCGGUCGGUCGGUGGGCGGGCGGGCCCGUUGGCGGCGGGGUCGUCCUCGGCCUGGCCGGUGACGCUGCCCCCGAUGUUCCACGCCGGCCUCUUCGUGGCCAACGUGCUGCUGCUCUACUACGCCUUCCUGCUGGAGUACAUCGCCCUCAACGUGGGCAUCGUCUUCCUGCCCGACGACCUGGACCAGGCGCUGGUCGAGCUGGGCGUCCUCUCCGACCCGGCCCUGGCCGCCCCCGCCGCCCCACACACCCCCUCCGACACGGACGCCGCCGCCGCCGAGCCCCUCCUGGACGGCUACUGGGACUGACGGCGGGGCCUCUCCUGCGGCGGCCCCCCCCUUCUGCAAAAAGGAAGCCAGAAGGAGUGCGGGGUGGGGAUGCUGAUGAGCCUGCAUUGGAGCGAGCGAGCGAGAGGCCACGGAGGGCCGGGCCUUCUUCCACCACCACCGACAGAGGGUCCUUGCCCUGGAUCAAAGAGGAGGAGCGGCGCUGCGGGGUCUAGGGGAGACCCGGGUUCGAAUCCGCCGCCUUUUUGCCACGACGAGUGACCUUGGGGCAGGGGGAUGCAAGUGGGGCUAAAUAACGACGUUAUCCUGCCCCUCCUGGACGGCUACCUGGGACUGAACACCUCCCCUCAACCUGGCCUUUUCUGCGGCGGCCCCCCUCCCCUCUUCCAGGAAAAAGGAGGGACGGGGGGGGGGAUGCUGAUGAGCCUGCAUUGCAGCGAAAGAGAGACCACGGAGAGCUGGCCCUUCUUGUCCCCCACCAGGAUAAAAGAGGAGGAGCGGCGCUGCGGGGUCUGGGGGAGACCCGGGUUCUAACCCGCCGCCUUUUUGCUAGGACGAGUGACCCUGGGGCAGCUGGAAGCAGAGUUUGCUGCACAUUUGGGAAAUGAGCCCGGACCUUCCGGGUCCCCUCCGAGAUGUGACUUAACGGUGUGGCCUUGAACGCGCAUCCCCGUGAAGGAAGAUGCUUCGGGGGGACUUGGUUGACGCGGGUCAGCCGGACCCAGGCGGUUGCCUUCGCGAUGGCUAUCGUCCUCAUCGUCGGGGUUUGGACACGGUUCUGCCGGAGUCAGUGGCGCGCAGCAUCAGGAUUGCGUGGAGGCCGGGGGAGGGUUUCCAGCCGCCCGAGCCCCCUUGCAUCAUGACGCAUCGCUAGAAGCUCCUCGCUCGGACUUUGCACCUCCCAGGGAAUGAACAGAGAGAGCUGAUUCCAGUAUCCAGAAAGGUUCUUUUUGUGGGGGAGUCUGGGGUGGCCGGGCGGCAGCAGUUUCAGGGGUCCUGGGCAAAGCAAACGGGGGAUGCCAGGGUUAGGAACAUCCCCAGAAUCUUCCGCAACAUUUCAAGGGAGUCCCUCUGGCACUGUGUUAAGUGUACCACUUGGGGAACUGUUAUGGCGGGCUGUUUUGAAGGUGGCUGUUUUGAACCCCUCCCCUACACAUUCCUUGCAAUUGGAAAACUUUCACUUCAAAAAAGCUAGAAGCCUUUCCCCUCUUCUGUUGAGGUUCUGCCUCCUUUUAGAUAAACAGCUUUCCUUUUGCAGGGAAUGUUAGAGGUGGGAACGGUUGGGAGCCAGUGUUCCCCGCCCCCAGGCAGCCGGAGGUGUUUCCUGGCCCUUGGGAACCCUGCUGUAUUCCCGAAGGUUUGGAAUCUGCUGUCCCUGUGACCCACAUCGUCCCACAUCCGUUUGCUGCCGCUGAUCAGACGCACUUUUUGGAAACACUCUCUGAUCCCCACCGACGCUUCAGGAAUUCAUUUCUUCACCCUCAUGUUCGCCUUUUCAAAGAAGAGUCACGCAGUAUGAUUGUAUCUGCCAAGCAGUGUUAGCAGGGGAGAAAAAAGAAUGGGUUUGUAAGUAUUUUUGUAGUUUUUGGAAAAGGGAAGGAGUCCUCUUGGAUGAUCAUGCUGUUAUUUUGGAAAAUGUCGCAUUGCCGUUCUGUUUUUUUAAAAAAGCAAUAUGCCGAGAGCCAGCCUCAGGCAAGUAUGCAGGUCAGAGAGGAUGGGGAGUUUUGUAUAUGGAUUUAUACACAAAGUGUGGGGUUAAUGUCGGGCCGCUGCCGAAGGCCACCGCUGAGCGUCCAUAUUUGAGCUACCUGCAAUUAAAAUGCUUUGCGUUUAAUGAAUACAGUGAAUGCCAAACGACAGCGGCUGCACUUGUCAUGUUUUUCCCCACCAUACCGUGGCCAGCUGCAAAACGCUACCCUCCGCCAACCGUUCGGAACUCACCAGAGAUGGAUUUAGAGAGCGCAAAGUAUGAGGAAACCAAAAUUAAAGUCGGUCUGCUUCCUUUGAUCCUUCCCAAUGUUAAAGACGCCUCUUAAAUACAACAGCCGUCUGCAGUGAUCGGUUUAAAAUGUUUUUAAAAGAGGCCAUUAAAAAAAAAAUGUACUUUUCUCAGGUUUUUUUUUUAACAAACUGUACAGUAGCUCUGAUCCCAGAUGGGUGAGAUCCAGAGUGGGUUCCCGACAUAUUAAGGACAGCUAAGUACACCGUUGGUUAAUUCUCACCGUACUGUACUGGGCAGGCCAGACUCCCGCCACACUUAGGGUGAAAUUCUGUGUUUUAGACCACUUGUUACUUCUCAGAUCAGUUGAAGGAAUUAUUGAGUUGCAUCCCUGAAUGCACCUGACUGAGAAGUGCAGCAGUAGA